CCUGAAGCCAACCAUGGGGAAUCCGUGACACCGAGCAAUGAUGCUCAAAUCGCUCCGCUGCAUCGACUCUCAUUUCAGAUGAGCAUUCUUCUCAAGUUGGCGCAGGUGUCCGAUACUAUUGGGAUUGGAGCAAGAGUGGAAUGGAAGAAAGCUGUCCUUAUCUUCUCCUCCAACCG